CCUAACCAAAGGGCCUUAUACAUAAAUAUAGCCAAAGUAUGUAGUGUUGAACUGCAUUUGCAUUUGCAUUUUGUUAACAAUGUCUAGAAAGAUAGCUCUCUGCCAAGCUCAGCCAGCUUCUGGUGACACAGUAUCAAGCACCAGAAUACUCAUUGAAUGGAUGGAAAAGGCUGCAGAUGCUGGUGCUGAUAUUGCCCUCUUUGGUGAGCUGUUUCUCACCAAUUAUGAUUUGGAUAAUGUUUCAUCUUUGUCCGAAACGAAAGACGGUUCCGCAGCCAAAGCAAUCGCAGAAACAGCAAAGAGAUUGAAAGUUGCAGUAGUCUACGGCUAUUCCGAGGAAGAGAACAGCAACUACUACAGCUCCCUGAUGUUUAUUGAUGCGAAUGGGAAGUGUCUGGCCAAUUUUCGAAAGGUCCAUGUCUGGCCUGAAACUGAGCUUCAGUAUACACCAGGAGACGUGCCCAUGGUAGUGGAUUGGGAAGGAUUGAGAGUUGGACUGGCUAUCUCUGUUGACGUGUGCAUGUCUGACUUUACUGCAACAAUGGUGGCAGAUGGACAUGCGCAAAUGAUCGUAGUGGGCGCUGCUCUGGUGGAUCCCCCUCGCUAUGAAAAGACUCCCUCACUUAUUGUACCUGCCAGCUCUUUGCAGAAUGGCUGCUACAUUGCUUACACUGAUUUAGCUGGAGAGAAAUUUAGUGGGAGGUCUUGUUUUUGUGAUCCUUGUGGUGAUGUCCUUGCUUCCACAAAGACCAACGACGAAGCAUUGCUAUUGGCUACCAUUCCACUGAAUGCUUGUGAGACCGUUCCAUUUCAGUAUUUCUCACUUCGUCGUCCAUCAGAAGUCUACAAGAUUCCUUAUGACACCGAGGUUCCAUGGGAGAAAGAGAAAGUGGACGAUGUACAACAUUUCUUCAAAAACCGUGCACAUUAUUACGAUGUCCAAUUGGAUGGCAUAUACAACGGUCCCAGCAUCGCUGCACGUAAUUUAGCAGCUUUUAUCACGAACAAAGACAAGAAGAUUUUGGAUAUUGCCGCAGGUACUGGACUUGUGGGAAAGGAGCUCUCCUCGGAGGGAUUUACCAAUAUCGUUGCACUGGACAGGAGCAAAGAAAUGCUGAAGCAAUCUGCAGCAAAGAAGGUGUAUUCACAGCUAAUCAAUGGAUCUUUUGAGGUGGCAGCUAAAGAUAUUCCCGAUGAAUCGUUUCAUGCCUGUAUUUGUGUGGGAGCAUUCCUUACUGUAGGGUUUCUAGACCCUGCCGUCAGUAUCGUGGAGAUGAUUCGACUUGUGGAGAGAGGAGGAUACAUCUUGCUGUUUGUCAAUAGCACCGAGCUACAGGAGCCUCAAUGCAAGUCAGUCCUGGAGAGCUUGGAGAAUAUCUGCCUUAGCGUUGUGGAGAAAGGAGUCUGUGAAUGUGUACAGAAGAGCACAGUUCCCAAGUAUUUGGAUGAUUGCGAGGGACUAAUGUGGAUCCUAGUACGCAACUGAUAACAAGGAGAGAACAGUAACUGAUAAAGUAAACUAUCACUAAUAACUUGUAAAUAAUUUAUUAUACAAUCAUGAAAAUUUAACUUUUGUGCAUUAUCAUCUACUCUGCCUUAUUGUUUAUAAAAUGGUACGCAAUAUUUUCGCGAGUAUUAAUUUCUGCU